AUGGCAACUGCCGUAGCUAAUGUUCCAAAGAAAUCCGUGGGUUCAACAAAUUCUGGUGUAAGGAAAAAGUCGGGUCCUAAAUUUGAACUAACUGAAGAACAGAGAAGGGAUAUUAAAGAGGCUUUUGAUCUAUUUGAUACAGAGAAUACAGGUAAAAUAGACACUAAAGAAUUGAAAGUUGCCAUUCGUGCACUGGGUUUUGAGCCCAAGAAAGAAGAAAUAAAAAAGAUGAUAGCAGAAAUUGAUAAAGGAGAUGGAAAAGUAUCAUUUGAAGACUUUCUUGAAUUGAUGACUGUUAAAAUGGCAGAGAAAGAUACUAAAGAGGAAAUAAUGAAAGCAUUUAAAUUGUUUGAUGAUGAUGAAACUGGAAAGAUAUCAUUUAAAAAUCUAAAGAGAGUAGCAAAAGAACUUGGUGAAAAUUUAACAGAUGAGGAACUACAUGAAAUGAUAGAUGAAGCUGAUAGAGAUGGUGAUGGGGAAAUAAAUCAAGAAGAGUUUCUUCGCAUCAUGAAGAAAACAAGUCUCUAUUAG